GCCUGGAGGAGGCCAGGUCUGGGCCGUCUGCUUGGGGUAGGAGUGAGCUGCCUGUCCCAGAGUCGGGGGAAAGGGCUACCCACCCUCCCCCCAGGCUCCGGGGUCACGUGUAGCAUCCUCACGUGACCCUGCAGUCCAACCUUCCGAUUCCCCUGCGGUUCCUAGGCGGUCCAUCUGACUGCGGACGUUCUGUCUGGCUGCCCCAAAGCCUGGAGAACUCCCGUCCUCAUCCCCGCUUCCCGGCUUCCGUCCCAGCCAAAACCCUUCUUUAAUGCUGGUGCCUUCCCUUGGCCUCCACAGAGCCAAAGUUCUCCUCCACCCGGCUGGCCCUGCAGAAUUUUGACAUGAACUACAAGGUCCAGUUUGGAGACCUGUGGCCCUCCAUCCGGGUCAGCCUUCUCUCAGAGCAGAAGUAUGGGGCGCUGGUCAACAACUUCUCCACUUGGGACAAAACCACCUCUGAGUUAGAACAGCUCAAGGCCAAAGAUUUUGUGAUGGAGGCACAGAGAAGGGUGCAGCAGAAGGCCUUCCCUGAAGAACCCAGUGCUCCGGUCCUUCCUACAGAGCUGGAGACACAUACCCCACCAGCAGCCCCCUGGCCCUGCAGCCCUAACCUACGCUGUUACACAUUUACCAGAGGAGACAUCAGCCGCUUCCAUCCAUCCAGGGUCAGCAGCCUGGGUGUCCUCGACUACUACCUCAUGGAUGCAUCCUCUUUGCUGCCUGUCUUGGCUCUGGGUGUCCAGCCAGGUGACACCGUACUUGACCUGUGUGCUGGGCCUGGUGGGAAGACGCUGGCGCUGCUCCUGACCGGCUACUGCCGCCACCUGGCGGCUAACGACAUCUCUGGCUCUCGAACCCAGCGGCUGAAGCAAGUUCUGCACAGCUAUGUACCCCGGGACAGGAACCAAGUGCGAGUCACCUCCCAGGAUGGUAGGAAGUGGGGAGACCUGGAGAGCAGCACCUAUGACCGGCAGGUGCUGGUGGACGUGCCCUGCACCACUGACCGGCACUCUGUCCUGGAGGAGGACAACAACAUCUUCAAGCGCUCGCGGAAGACGGAGCGCCAGAUGCUGCCCAUGCUGCAGGUGCAGCUCCUGGUGGCUGGCCUCCUUGCCACCAAGCCCAGUGGGGUGGCUGUCUAUUCUACCUGCACCCUCUCCCACCUGCAGAACGAGUACGUUGUGGGCAGGGCCAUCGACAUUCUGGCCAGUCAGUUCCAGACUGAUGUCCAGGUGGAAGACCUGAGCUGCUUCCGGCAUCUCUUCCAGGACACCUUCUCCUUCUUCCCGUCGUGCCGCGUGGGGGAGCUGGUUCUCCCUGUCCUUUGGGCCAACUUUGGACCCAUGUACUUCUGCAGGCUGCGCAGGCUAACUUAGCAGCUUGGCGUCCUGAGCCCCCUUCUCCAGCAGAACUCCGAGUCCCCGGGAGGACCUGGGAAGGAUGGUGGGAGAUGGCAGGAAAUGGCAGAGCUCACACCCUUCACCCCUUAUUGUGGCCCAGGGUGUGAUUUGCUUCGGUGCCCCCUGUAGAUAUGAGAGCAGAGGAGGGGCGAGGCCUCUGCCCAGGCAGAAGGAGCAGUGGCAGGAGGCUUUGGCAGGGUCUGGGGCUGCCUAGAGGAAGCUUUCCGGUGUAGGUUGGAAGGUGGCCUUAGCUCCUUGACCUGACCUGGCCCCCUGCAAAGUGUUAGUAGACUGGAGGCACCUUCAGGCCAGGGCAGCUGUUUUAACCUUUGUUUCCCUGAAGUCCAUCACAGUGCCUGGCAUACUGUAGGCACUUAAUAAAAGCAUAUUGAUUGAC